AUGCUCAGUCUUCUCGUGGUCGUUUUCCUGAUUCAACUCGUCUGCCACCUCGUCCUGACCAUCGGUUCCAAGCCGAUCAACGAUUUGCUAUGGCAAAUCUACUGCCGUCUCCCCCUACAGUCCUCGAGAGACAUGAAAGAACAGUUACGCCUGCGCCGUGAAGUGGUGCGGUUAAAGCGAGAGAUGAACGCCGUCAGCGCGCAGGACGAGUUCCCCAAGUGGGCAAAGAUACGGCGACAGCACGACAAGGCCAUGGAAGAGCACGACAAGAAGGCUGCCGCCGUGUCCUCGUUAAAAGCAUCGUUCGAUACGAAAGCGACGGCGAUUCGAUGGCUAUGCACCAGCGGUCUACGGUUCGGCCUGCAGUUCUGGCACGCAAAGACACCCAUAUUCACCUACCCAAGGGGUUGGUUCCCAUGGUACGCCGAGUUUCUGCUUGGCUUCCCCAGGUGUCCGUACGGAGGCGUGAGCAUCAACGUCUGGAGCACGGCGUGCGCAACGGUGAUUGCAUUGGUUUGGGACGUGGUGAUAUACGUGAUACAAUACAUCCAGGAGACGCGGACGGGACUAAAAGCAAAGAGACCCGUACCCGUUCCUGCUGGCGAGAAAAGCAAGUGA